GAAGAGCGGACGGAUCGCACAAGAGUCCUACCGUUUCCCUUCACAGAGCACGACCGACUGCCAGUUCCGAAAUAAGUACCCCCAGGAACCAUCACACGGCUCGCCUUUCCAUUCUCCUCUCUCUCCUUCUCUCCUUCCACCCACCAGCCAACACCUCGACUCGACGAGUUUUUUCUGCCUCGUCCAGACCAGUGCAGGCCACGCGUGCUUAAUAUUUCUUGCGAAGUCUUCUCUCUCAGUGAUACCCGAUACCCAUUUUUUCUUUUUUCUUGAGAUACCCAGAUACCCUGCUUUUUGCAACCACCCAUCACACAAUCAAAAAUGGCCGACACAACAAAGCCCGUUGAGGUCCCUGCGACCACCGCUCCUGUCGCCGAGCCCGUUGUCGAGACGAAGCCCGCUGAGGCCAGCCCCGCCGUUGCUGAGGUUUCCGAGACUGCUCCUGCUGUCGAGGCUACCCCUGCCGCCGCCACCGAGACUGAGAUCGCCGCUGAGGCUCCCGCUGCCGAGGCUGAGGAGGCCAAGAAGGAGGAGGCCAAGCCUGUUGAGGAGGGCCACCUCGAGCACAAGGGCCAGGGCGCCAACUUCCCCAAGAACUUCCUCUACACCAAGACCCUGUUCUGGUUUGGCUCUGAGCCCGUCAAUGUCAAGGAGAUCGCCAGCUUCAAGGCUGAGAAGGCCGCUGAUGUCGCCCAUCACGUUGCCUCGUGGGCUGCCGAGACCGGCAAGGGUCUCCUUUUCUACAGCGAGAAGGGUGACAAGGCUGCUCCCAACGGCGCUAUCCAGCUUGCUGAGGCUACUGAGCCCGUUGUCGAUGGCACCAACAAGUUCCACUUCUCUUCCAAGGGCCACAAGCACACCUUCAAGGCCCCCACUGCCGCUGACCGUGACAACUGGGUUGCCCAGCUGAAGGCCAAGAUUGCCGAGGCCAAGGAGCUUGCCGCCACUGUCACCGAAUCUGAGACCUACAAGAAGACCCUUGAGAGCUUCAAGCCUGCCCCCGUCAAGAAGGAGGAAAAGGCUGCUGAGCCCGCCGCUGAGGUUGCCCCUGCUGCCACCACUGAGGAGGCCGCCGCCGCCGUUGCCGAGGCUCCUGUUGAGGCCGCUGCCGUCGAGACCCCCAAGGAGGAGGUCAAGGAGGAGGAGAAGAACGAGGAGGUCAAGAAGGAGGAGCCCAAGCGUCGCUCCGCCAGCCGUAAGCGCGCUUCCAUCUUCGGCAGCCUCCUCGGCAAGAAGGAGGAGAAGAAGGCCGCCGAGCCUACUGCUGAGACUCCCGCUGCCACUGCUGAGGAGCCUGCCGCUACCGAGGCGCCCGCUGCCACCGAGGCUCCUGCUGCUGAGGUUGCUCCCGCUGUCGAGGCUGCCCCCGUUGCUGAGACCACCACCGAGGCUGCCCCUGCCACCACCGAGGCUGCGGCCACUGAGGCCAAGCCCGAGGAGAAGGCUGAGGAGAAGAAGGAGGAGGUCGCUGAGGCCCGCCCUGCUGUCCCUACCAAGCGCUCCAGCAUCUUUGGUAGCCUCCCCUUCGGCAAGAAGAAGGCUGCUCCUGUUGCUGAGGCUCCCGUCAAGGAGACCCCUGCUGCCACCGAGGCCGUUGCCGAGACUGCCCCUGUGAUCCCCGCCGUUGAGACCACUGAGCCCCUCUCUGCUGAGGUCUCUUCCCCUGCCAACGUUCCCACUGAGACCACUGAGGUUGCUGCUGCUCCUGCCGAGACCAACGGCGAGACCAGACCUGCCGUUAAGAGCGACAAGCGCAAGAGCUCUCUCCCCUUCGGCCUCGGCAAGAAGAAGGAGUCUGCUUCCUCUGACGAGGAGGGCGAGAAGGUCAAGUCCCCUUCUGCCUUCUCCAAGUUCCGCGCCACCAUCAAGGGCAAGGGCAAGGCCGACAAGGUCGAGGAGAAGAAGGAGGAGACCCCUGCCGCCACCGAGGCUGUCGCCGAGGAGAAGGCUGAGGACAAGGCCGAGGAGAAGAAGGAGGAGGAGGCUGUCAAGCCUGCCGAGACCGCUGACGUUGCUGCCCCCGUCGUUGCUGCCGAGGAGGAGAAGCCCAAGCCCGCCGAGGCCGCGCCUGUCGUCACCGCCACUGCUUAGAGAACGAGGCGUAUUCCCCUUGAGCAAUCUCAAUGUCGGUGAAAGACGUAUGGAAACGAAACCACGAAAACAUAGAGCGAACAUUCACGAAUGACCACCGCAUAAUCAUUCCAUCACACGCAACCCCCUCGCUGAGAGAUAUUUAAUACACACAACACACCCCCUUAUACCCUUGGGUUUUGUCGGAAACGGAUCUGCAUUUCAGAGUCAAGAUACCCGUCAGGACUGAAAAUCCAUCUGGCUGUCAACAAUCACUUGGUCCGUGGCACGCUUUCUUUGCCGUGGCCCUAUUGCUCAGAUAGGACUCGAUCUUGAUCACCUCCAGUCUUUUUUUUUACUGCUUGCUUUGCUCGUUUUUGUUUUUGGCUUUGGUGUUUUCCCACUGGAUGAUGUUGCGCACGCAGUCAGAGUUUUUCCUGUUAUUUUCUCUUUUUGAUACCCAAAGUAUACCCCCCCCUUUCGGUCCGCAUCAAGUCAGUCGUCUGUUUAUUGGCUUUUUUUGGGUCAUGCAAGGGAAGGCAAAGGAGGUUUGUGGGAGGGAUGAUGAGGUGGGCUAAAAAGGGGAGAGUGUGCACACACUACGGUGUGGUGGAUUGCGUGAGUGGAUUUCGUGUUGGUGUGGUUGUUGGUUUCGUGUUUGUUGGUGUGUGUGUGAUGGAUGUACACGAGGACGGAUGAACAUGUGGUGUGGUGGUGGUGGUGGAGCGGAGAAUUUAUUCUGUCUCUUGUUUCUUACUGCGCUUUUGUGUCUGGGCUGUCUUGAAUAAGGGGCGGCUUUGCGGGGGAGAGUGCAGGAUGGGAAUGGGAGUUUAAGAGUAUGAACACUUUUUUAAUAGCUAAUUAAUAUACCUCUCGCGUGCUGAGUUCG